GGCUUGGAGAUAUUGAAAUGAAAAGAGAGAGGUGGUGAGUGUAGAUGAACGGCAUCUUCCCUGGUGAGUUGGUAUAGAGCAACGGGGUAUGACAUAGAAGAGAGUUGGAGCUCUUGAAAAAAAGGAUCAAAUAAGCUAUCUAGCUAGAGGGAAGCUAGGUCCUCUCUACUAGAUGCAAAUAGAGCCGAACUGCCUGGAGUAAACCCCAUAUAAACUAUAUAACAAUGCUAAUUAACUGAUGGCUGUUCGAUUCCGCUCGUUGAUGCCAUCGUCCGUCCAACUGGUCCCGCCGCCUCGCGUUUCCGAAUCGACACGCGCCAAACCCCCGCAUCGACAGCGUCUUGACGUUGAUACUCGCUCCACCUCACAUCUUUCCACCCAGAGUCUAUACAUUCGCCUCAUCACUUGAAAAAUGGCGUCCUCUCCUGCUUGUAUCUUCUGCAAGAUCAUCAAGGGAGAAAUCCCUUCCUUCAAGCUCUUUGAGAGCGACAAAGUGUUCGCCUUCCUUGAUAUCCAACCUCUGAGUCGUGGACACGCGCUCGUGAUCCCCAAAUUCCACGGCGCAAAGCUCACCGAUAUCCCUGACGAGCAUCUCACCGAAAUCCUGCCCGUCGCUAAGAAACUCGCCGAAGCAACCGGUGCUGUCGAUUUCAAUAUCCUGCAGAACAACGGCCGUAUAGCCCACCAGGUCGUCGACCAUGUCCAUUUCCAUAUGAUCCCCAAACCCAACGAGGCGGAGGGUCUUGGUGUUGGAUGGCCUACCCAGGCGACGGAUAUGGAUAAACUGAAGGCUCUUUAUGAAGAGGUCAAGGCGAAGAUGUAACUUGUUUAUUUUUUUAUGUCUAUCGAUCUUGAAUUCAGAGGGAGACUGUA